AUAACACUCUCGCUGACCUUUUAUGCAUGGACAAUUGGUUUGACUUUUUUCGACUCCACUUGAGCGGAGUACAAAUGACAAUUUGUCGGUGAAAGUUGUGUGGUGUUUGACACCUAUUGCUUUAACUUUGAAUCCAUGUCGUUCCAGGAAAUUCAAAAGACCGUAGAACUAUUGCCGUCAUUAGAGGACAACGAUCUAGAUCCUGUCAUCAGUCAUCUCGCCACGUUCCUGAGCGACAAUCUAAAUGUGGCCAAAGACCAGAUGUCCGCUGAUGCAAACAGUAACGAGCAUUGGACUAAUGCUUCCAAAUUAGCCGAGCUUUGUGCUAACGCAGCGAGAGACCAACGAACUCGAGGACCGCUUGGAAAAGCUGGAGUCAUCCAGACAAUAGCUGCAAUCAUGGAACUAGCCAAUGCAGAAGGAAAGGAAUAUGUUAUUCAGGCUUUGCGAUCUUUUGCCAAUUUAUGCUUUGAUGAAGAUGAUAAUCGCAAGCUGGUGGCUGAGAGCGGAUUGAUUCCUACAAUUGUGAAUGGUUUGAGUUCCAAUAACCCAUCUCUUGUUCGCACCACCUGUGGUGCCUUGAUGAAUCUGUGUAUCGAUAGCGAAGAUGUUAUUCAGGAGCAAGUGUGUGACUGUAAUGGUGUACAAGCUCUUAUGAAGCUGCUGGAGCCUGCUCAGAUGGAUCAUGGGGAAGAAGCCAUGGUGAAUACUGCUGCAAAGCUGCUAACCAUCCUUCAAGAAAAUGAAAAAGCAGUACUGCAGAUUGCAGCUGAGGAAGGUGUUUCUAAACUGAUAGAUUUGGUUCGUUAUAGCUGGACAGUGGAUAAACUAGAAGAUUUGGAUCUUCUUGAAUAUCUAUCGGAGAUACUACAGCAUGUUUUGUCUGAAAAUGAAUAUGCUCAGGCGUCUGCCGGCAAGAGCCUCAGCUUUAUUACACUGUUGGAUUUCAUUGAACAAGCCGAAAUAGCAGAUGAUGCGGAUGAAGAAGAGCAAAAGCAAUUUGAUCAAAUUUGUAAAUGUUUUGUCAAAGCCAUUGUCGAUGUAUCCUUGGCAGAUGAUAAUCUUAAUCAUCUAUACGAAAAUGAAAGCGUCCUGAACCGAUAUCUAAAGUGGAUCGAGGAUGCCAACGACGAAAGUGUCACGAGUGAUAUGCAAACUUGCGCAGCACUUUCACUCGGAAACCUUGCGAGAACCGAUGAGCAUUGUGUUGAUUUAGUUCAAAAGUACCAUGUUGAGAUACCAUUGCUACGAUUAUUGAAAAAGACGACGGAUCUCAGAGUACAGCAUGCGGUUGUUAGCAUACUGAAGAACCUGAGUUUACCCAAGCAAAAUAAGCAGAACAUUGGUUCGGCGGGGGCAAUUCAAGCGGUAGCACCUUACCUUGAUGCUUCGAAGGAUAUGCUUAAACCAGUACAAUUUGCAGUCAUUGGAAUCUUGAAACUACUGGCUGUCGGUGAUGAUUUCAAUGCCACUCAAAUCGUUACAGCCGAGCCAUCUGUAGACGAAGCAGAGGAAUCCGACACUAUCAGCCCGCUUGACCGAGUGGUUGAGUUUAUCCAGCGGGUUGAUGAUGUGGCCGCCAAAAGUGAAGCAACACGUGUCCUGGUCAAUCUGAUCAAGACGGCAUGGUCCCAAGAAAAUGUUUCGUCUGUUGUUCUCAGAGAGAGGCUGUGCUCCAUACAGAUUGUCAAAGCACUUGCGGCGCUUGUUCGUUCUUCCAAGUUCUCCAUUCUGCAAAAUGAAGCCAUUAUUGCCUUGACGCUUUUAUUCACGCAGGAAAACAACGAUGCAUUUAUUCGAGAUGGUUUGGCUGUGUUCGUUGCACCGGAAGAGUCAUUAAGCCACGUUACAGACGAGUCCACCGAGACACAAAGCGAAGAGCUGGAAAAGGCAACCCUUAAUUUAUUACAAGUGCUACUCCGAAUAAUUAUUGAAAAUGACGCUCAAAUGCCUGAGCAAGUACGCUGUAAUGCUUGCGUAUUGCUUGAAAGAACGGUUUUAGUUGCAAAGAAAGUUCAAUCUGACAACUUGCAGCUUUUGAAAGACCAAGUCUUUGAGCAUUUGAAUGACAACAACGCCCUGUCAUCGUCGCUUCAAGAACGUAUUACCCAACUUAGAUUAGCAAGCUCAUAAAAUAAAAUUUAUCAAGCUGAGAUUCUCUUGUGAUUUUAAUAACGUUCUCCAGACCAAAUCAUGACCUACCCUAGUCGGUUAUUCCCAAAAUGGGCAUGUUCCGUACCAGAAUGGGAGUGGAUACGCAUUUCGGCUAUCUGUUGAACGACGCAAGUCGUACAUGGAACG